GUCGCUAUUGGCGACAGACCCUGCAAUUGCUCGCGCACCUUACCAGCAGACGUACGACCACGCGAGCGAGCUCAACGGGGGAUACCACUAUCGAGAAGGCAUGGCUCCGUCGAACGUACCCGCCUCCCGCCGGAGCAAGUUGGAGUUCCUCUCCUCCAGAUGGCCUCGGCUCUUCUUCAUCACCGCUUUCAUACAGGCCGUCAUCUGCUUGACAUUUGAGUCAUACGUCUUCGCCAAGUUCCAGACCAACGUCCGCGGAGAAUUCAAUUUCAAAAAUGACGAUCAGCUGAACUCGCAAUACAAGACCAUUCCUACCUUCCUGACCCUAUUCAUAUUCGGCUUCAUCUACCAGCUGAUCCUGGUGUGGGAUGCCUUACGUAUGAAGAAUACUAUCCAGGUCAUAGGAAUUUGCCUCUCCAACCUGGCGUUUCUGGUGUACACGUCACUUCAGAUCGAUCAGAUCGGAUCGGCCAUUGAGUUCUUAGCCGCCAAAGGUGCCAUCAAGCCUAUGCCUGCCACCGAGGCUGGGGUCUGGGAACAAUGCCGACCUUUCCUCCUUGCCAUUCCUGGUGUCCUUGCCGUCGCCACCGUCGCCAUGGGCUUCCUGGCAUGGAAACUGUACAAGGAGUUCGCUUGGGAUAUCCUGAAGCAGAUUGGCGCCGACUAUCGCAUGAAGAAGCGCUUCCUUCACUAUCAGAUCUACAUUGCCCUUCUGAAGUUCGAUUUCUUCUUCUUUCUGGGCUUUACCGUGCAGUUCCUUGUCAUUGUCACCGGGCAGACCGACAGCGAAUUCGCCCUGACCAUCGUCGCGAUCCCCGUCACGAUCGUGAUCCUCCUGUUGGCCGCCCUCUUCGUUCGACGAGAGAUCAAGUUCGGCAUGGCAGGCGUCAUCCUGCUCUACUUCUGCGCGCUCGCCUACUUCUUCUUCAAGCUCGUCCGUAUCUACCAGCCUUCCCACGCCGCACACUACCAGGCGGUGAAGCGAAGUUUGACGGCAUUUGCCGUCUUGACCAUCGUCCUCAUCAUCCUCACCAUUGGCAACGCCUUCAUCUGCAUGCACAACUUCGGCGCCGGCCUCAGGACCCACCUCGUCAACGCGAAGGCCGAGGAGGAGAAGGAGGCCACCAACGCAUAUCAGCUGCAGGACCAGAAGCCCCAGCUGCCGAGCAGAAUGACAAUCGACUAGGGCUCUGCAACGACAAGUCCGAGGGAUAGCCGAGCAAACCACCCAAUUUAUCCGUUCCGGGAUGGAAAAUAACUGUACAAAGAUAUGACGAACGUGACGAACCAUCUCCCCC